UUUCUCUUGCCGCGCCGUCUUGAAGCCGCGCGGGCUCUUGAUCAGCGCGAGGCCGCCACGGUGCCUGGCUUCGCCGGAGCCGCUGCUGCCCACUGACGGGAAGCCGGUCCUGGGCGCGCACGCUCUCCCGAGCCCCGGCGCGCUCCGCGUCUGAGCUUGCUGGCAGCUGCCGCUGGGCUCCGGCUGUCCGCUCCGGGCUCCACGGCCUCGGCCCUGCUGCACUCCGCCUCCGCCCCCUCGGACUCCCUCCCCUCGCUUCUGCCCCUCCUGCCCCAGUGCGGAUCGUUUCGCAACUGCUCUCCACUCGCCCCGUGCCCGGCUGUUUUUCCAUAUCCCGGCCCCCUCUUCUUGAGUACUUUACCCCCUGCAUCUGGGGACAGGGACUGGAAAAGGGGCGGGUGGACCGUCCAGUGGAGAAGAAGGAAGCGAGGCCCUCAGGAGGAGGCGGAGGAUCGGCGGACCGUGGGGAGGAGACCCCACGCCACCCUUUCUGGUCAUCUCUUUCCCGCCCCGCCCCUGCGCACACUCCCUCGCGGGCGAGCUACUUUCGGACUAGGAAAGUAAGGGCUGCCCUAGGUGACAGCGCCGCGGGGCCAGUCCCGGGGUUAGCCGCGUGUCUGCUCUCUUCUCCUCCGUCGCACUCCCAGCCAGGGCAAAGCCCGGACCGAGGAUGGCUUCGACCACCACCUGCACCAGGUUCACGGACGAGUAUCAGCUUUUCGAGGAGCUUGGAAAGGGGGCAUUCUCAGUGGUGAGAAGAUGUAUGAAAAUUCCUACUGGACAAGAAUAUGCUGCCAAAAUUAUCAACACCAAAAAGCUUUCUGCUAGGGAUCAUCAGAAACUGGAAAGAGAAGCUAGAAUCUGCCGUCUUUUGAAGCACCCUAAUAUUGUGCGACUUCAUGAUAGCAUAUCAGAAGAGGGUUUUCACUACUUGGUGUUUGAUUUAGUUACUGGAGGUGAACUGUUUGAAGACAUAGUGGCAAGGGAAUACUACAGUGAAGCUGAUGCCAGUCAUUGCAUUCAGCAGAUCCUGGAGGCUGUGCUACACUGCCAUCAGAUGGGCGUGGUCCAUCGGGACCUGAAGCCUGAGAAUUUGCUUUUAGCUAGCAAAUCCAAGGGAGCAGCUGUGAAAUUGGCAGACUUUGGCUUAGCCAUAGAAGUUCAAGGCGACCAGCAGGCGUGGUUUGGAUUUGCUGGCACACCUGGAUAUCUUUCUCCAGAAGUUUUACGUAAAGAUCCUUAUGGAAAACCAGUGGAUAUGUGGGCAUGUGGUGUCAUUCUCUAUAUUCUACUGGUGGGGUAUCCACCCUUCUGGGAUGAAGACCAACACAGACUCUAUCAGCAGAUCAAGGCUGGAGCUUAUGAUUUUCCAUCACCGGAAUGGGACACAGUGACUCCUGAAGCCAAAGACCUCAUCAAUAAGAUGCUUACUAUCAACCCUGCCAAACGUAUCACAGCCUCAGAGGCACUCAAACACCCAUGGAUCUGUCAACGUUCUACUGUUGCUUCCAUGAUGCACAGACAGGAAACUGUAGACUGCUUGAAGAAAUUUAAUGCUAGAAGAAAACUAAAGGGUGCCAUCUUGACGACUAUGCUGGCUACAAGGAAUUUCUCAGCAGCCAAGAGUUUGUUGAAGAAGCCGGAUGGAGUAAAGAUAAACAACAAAGCCAACGUGGUAACCAGCCCCAAAGAAAAUAUUCCUACCCCGGCGCUGGAGCCCCAAACUACUGUAAUCCACAACCCUGAUGGAAACAAGGAGUCAACUGAGAGUUCAAAUACAACAAUUGAGGAUGAAGAUGUGAAAGCACGAAAGCAAGAGAUUAUCAAAGUCACUGAACAACUGAUCGAAGCUAUCAACAAUGGGGACUUUGAAGCCUACACAAAAAUCUGUGACCCAGGCCUUACCGCUUUUGAACCUGAAGCUUUGGGUAAUUUAGUGGAAGGGAUGGAUUUUCACCGAUUCUACUUUGAAAAUGCUUUGUCCAAAAGCAAUAAACCAAUCCACACUAUUAUUCUAAACCCUCACGUACAUCUGGUAGGGGAUGAUGCCGCCUGCAUAGCAUAUAUUAGGCUCACACAGUACAUGGAUGGCAGUGGAAUGCCAAAGACAAUGCAGUCAGAAGAGACUCGUGUGUGGCACCGCCGGGAUGGAAAGUGGCAGAAUGUUCAUUUUCAUCGCUCGGGGUCACCAACAGUACCCAUCAAGCCACCCUGUAUUCCAAAUGGGAAAGAAAACUUCUCAGGAGGCACCUCUUUGUGGCAAAACAUCUAAGGCCUGAAAACCAUUCACAUAUGGGUCUUCUAAAUAUCAACAGUGCCACUUCUGCAUUCUCUGUUCUCAAGGCACCUGGAUGGUGACCCUGGGCCGUCCUCUCCUCCUCUUCAUGCAUGUUUCUGAGUGCAUGAAGUUGUGAAGGUCCUACAUGUAAUGCAUAUGUGAUGCAUCAUCUUAUCAUAUAUUCCUUCCUAUACAUUGUUUACACUUCAACUACGGGGAUGUUCCAUGCAAACUUAAAUUACUGUUGGCAAAACAAUAGGGGGAGAUUAGACAAAAAAAAAAAAAUUCACGAUAUUCCAACUACAACUCUUCAUCAAGUUUCUCUGUUAAUGCCAAGAUUUAACAGACUUAAGAACUAUUGUUCUCUGAAUGACGGUUUGUAAGAGAAAUGUAAAUUUUUUAGAACUCUUUGCUGUUAAUCUGUUUUGGCUUGUUUUUGUUUUUGUUUUUAAAAAAUGGUAAUAUAUAUAUACACACACCUUCAGUUUUCUGGUGUGAUCCUGGUUAAAAUGAAUGAUUUUUCAUUGAAAGUUUUGCUGUUUAACAAUUAAAGUGGGUUGAUAUGUGGGCAAAAUCACUUAUGAAAGUAGAAGCAGUUGGUUUGCUACCACAUAAAGCCAUGCUGUUUUUGGUCAAACUGUGUAAACUGGAAAAAUGCACAUCAUUUCUGAGUUUAAUCACUUUAGGAUAUAUUCACAUUGUUUUGGUGAAUUUGCUAAAUUGAAUUUUUUUUUCUUAAAUCUGCGGUCUCUUUUCUUUAUCCUGUUUCUUUGUCCCUUUUAUUUGUUUCCUUUUUUAUUUUUCUUUUGUUCCAUUCUUUUCUUACUUUUUUUCCUUUUCCUUUUUUUGAGGAGGCAGGCUAGUAGUGUGUGAGAAAAGAAUGAAAGGGAAAUUUGCAUAAUGAAGGUAAAAGGGAAAUAAAGGUCUUUUGAAGGUAGCUAAACUAGCACUUUUGAUCAUCUUCAGGACCCACAAAAAAUGUUGUCAAGAUUUUAAAGGUUUAUAAUUCUGCUUAAGCUCUUGUUUGGACUUAGGUAUCCUAAAUAUGUUGGAGGUAUUAGAAUUGUUUAAACUUAAGAUAAAAUAAAGUUCCUCCUGUGACUGCAGUGUCUUACUGAUUGGGACAGUUGCCGGGAGGAUGCCAAGUUGAUAGCAGAGGGGGUUUUAUGUAAACACACUCACCUCCAUCUUGAGGAAUGAGAGGGUCACUUCUGCAUCAUCAAUAGUUAGUUUUCUAGAGUUAGAGAGGCUUACAAAUGUUUGCCAUUCUCAUAAGUGUUUUGAACUUGUUCUUUGUGAUUUGUGCUUUUUUAGCUUCUCUCUUGAGUCAGAGUAUCAUUAUCUUCCUUCAAGGAGUUAGGAUUUUCCAGUUUAAAGCAAAAAGGGUUUUCUUUAUGCUUCUCAUUUUUCCUUUGUUGAUUCAAUUCCUGUGAUUUUUUUUCUCUUCCCGGAAAUGCUUUACAGUGCAUGGAAUCUCCAUCACCGUUAUUUUAACGAUAGUAAUUCACAGUCCUCAGAUGCCUAUUUUUAAAGCAGAAGCAAAAGAAAAACAAAACAACAAAAACAACCCUUUCAUUUUUCACUCAUCUCACCUUUCUGUGUUGCUUACUAAGCAUCUUAGAUAUUAUUGCUAGUGAUGUAUGGGUAGAUGGGUUGAAGCUUUUCUGAUAAUUAUUACACAAUUUAAAACAAUAUAUAUUUAAAAUAAAUAUAUACAGUAAAUAUAUUGAGCCAUGUUAACCUGCGAAUGAGAUCUGUGAAAAAAUAAUGGCCUCAUUUUUCCCUUUUUAAUUACUUUUACCUUUUUGUGAAGCAGCUGUACGUGGCAUACAUGUAUUUAAAGGAAAAAAAUAGGUGUAGAGUGGUUUUUUUUUUUUUACACUUUUAACUUAGCAUGUGGUGUUGAAGUAUUACUGUAGAUCAAGUUUGUCUUCCGCACUGAGAUGUGAGGAAAUUGUGAUUUGUUCUCUCCGCCACAAUUGAAUUACACAUUUAUUAUCUUCUAUCAUUUUGAAACACUGCAGUUUACCAUGGGACACUGUAUAUAUUUCUUGCCAUAAUGGUAAAUGACUGAUUGGUAUAUUUAAGAGUUAAUAAAUUUGUGAUUUCUGCUGACA